AUGCCAGCUCCCCCACCACCCCCGCCGCCGCCGCCGCCCGGAUUUGGAGGACCGCCUCCCCCACCUCCUCCUGGAGGAGGAUUUGGAGCAUUGUCGUCUGGAGGAGCACCCAAAGCUGGCCCUCCAAAGGGCGCUCCUUCUCGAGACGCCCUCUUCAGCGACAUCACCAAGGGCAACAAGGGCCGACUUAAGAAGACACAGACAAACGACAGAUCUGCAGCACAGACUGGAGGAGGAGGAGUGUUGUCUGGAGGCGCUCCGAAGGGACCCUCCUCUGCACCUGCCGUGCCGGGCAUGGGUAUGGGUGCUCCUGCUGUGCCUGGAAUGGGAGCCCCGGCCGUUCCAGGCAUGGGAGCACCAGCAGUUCCUGGUAUGGGAGCUCCUGCUGCUCCUUCGGCGCCUGCAGCUGCGUCUGCCCCUUCAGCCCCGGCGAUGGCCCAGCAAGACAUGUCUGGCCUGUUUGCUGGAGGUAUGCCCAAGCUCAAGAAGCGAGGAGGCAACAUCAGCUUGACGGACGACCACAGCAGCAGCGGUAACUCGUCGCCACCUCAAGGGGGGGCUCCAGCCAUCCCGUCGCUGCGAAAAACUUCAGGAGCUCCCUCGGCCCCCGGAGGUUUCGCUCCCCCGCCUCCUCCCGCUCCCCCUGGAGGCGCCCCUGCUAUUCCGGGAGCUCCAUCUGUGGCCUCCAGCUACAGAAGUGCAUCAGCAUCUUCUGGUGCCCCCCCUCCUCCCCCCGGAGGUGCCCCGCCUAUUCCUGGAGGAGCUCCCCCGCCUCUGCCAGGAAAAGUCAGCACCUCAGGAGGUGCUCCCACUUUUGGAGCUCCUCCUCCUCCGCCUCCAGGUGGAGCCCCCGCAUAUGGAGCUCCCGCUCCUCCUACACCGGGCACUUCAUCGCCCAAGCCUCCCCCAAAACCUGCGAAACGUCCCCCGGCCCUCAAGCCCAAGCCCAAGAUCCCUACUCCAGGCUUGAAGCCCGCGGUCCCUACUCCUGGGCAGCGACGAUCCGUGAGCCCUUCACCUGGAGCCCCACCUCCUCCCAUUCCCGGUUCUGUGGCGCCGUCAGUGCGCCACGCACCUUCACAGUCAGUGUCUAGCAUCGCGAGCUCAGUCAGCACCCCCAGCACCCCUCCUCCAGCCCCUCCGGCGCCCCCGCCUGUGCCUGGAGGAGCCGCUCCCCCAAUUCCAGGCUCAGCGGCCCCUCCCGCUCCUCCUCCCGCUCCUCCAGCAGGUUUUGGAGCCCCUGCUCCCCCCAGUUUUGGAGCACCCACGCCGCCUCCGGCUCCCCCAGCUCCCUCAGCUCCCCCAGCUCCCCCAGCUCCCCCAGCUCCACCCUCGGAACCCCCGAGCACACCUAGAGGCCCUGCCAUGUUUGGAGCCCCCAUGCCCAAAUCACCAGCUGCUGCAUCGCCUGGAGCUCCCCCUCCCCCUCCUCCUGGGGCUGCUGCACCUGGUUUGGCUCCCCCAGCUCCUCCAGCACAGCCUCCGUCGCCAGGACGGCCCUCUGGAGCUCCCCCGCCUCCUCCUGGGCCUCCUGCUCCCCCUACAGAUCAAUUUCACUCAAUGAUUCUGGACGAUGGAAGCAGCAGUGGGAGCCAUGGUGCUCCUCCUCCCCCUCCUCCCUCUGCGCCACCUUCCAACGGAGGACACAGUCACGGAGCACCCCCUCCUCCCCCUCCCAAUGGAGGAGUUAACAGACGUAGGGACGUUGUCCAGCGAACUUCGACUCUAGGAUCAAACAAUAUCCGAACGCUCGACACGUCGGCGUACACCAUCGCUCCACGGGCUGUGAGCACGCCUGUAGGCUCUAGCUCUGGCGGAGGGGGAGGUUCCAAGCCGCCGCAGAUCAAGAUUGACGACAGUCGGUGGAAGUGGAGAAACGCUCACGAUCUGCCCAAGCCCAGACGGUUUGAGGGUAAAACAAAACUGUAUGCCAGUGGCCGGGGUUCGUCGGUGCCCCUUAACCUGGCUGCCUAUGAGUAA